ACGUAUGUGAAAUGGUUUGAUACAGUAAUGUUUUACUAUGUGAUUUUAGUGAAUGUCACUUUUUGACAUUUUAAAAUUUCACUCCAGUUCCCUCCCCGUACGUCCCGACGUCGCAGGGAGCGGAACCUGGAAGAGAGAUGCCAUCAUCGGCCGGAGGACAUUGCCGGGGACACUGCAGGAGGGACAUCGUGGGACCGCAGGACAAGGUAAGUGCAAAAGAGAUCCCGGAGCAACGCUGCAAGGUAUUCCCAAUGGUAGCUCGGGGUUACCGCUUGUGCUACACUCGGGAAUACCUCCAGGGAGGUUA